GGAGGGGGAGGAGCAGGAGGAGAAGUUGAGUAACAGGCUUCACGUGUGAGGGAGAAAACACAAGACGCACACACCGACAUCAACAGCACAGGGAAACAAAAUGUCAAUCUGAAUCCUCUGGGUUUCUCUUCUUAAGGAUCCUCAAACAGCGCGAGACCUCCACUGACUAUAAUGCUCCAGCUCGGAAGCCUGUUCACCCACUUUCCUCUCAGCUCCAAAGCUUCAGAAAGUGCCCAAGGCCUGAGUCAACCCAGCGCACAAACACUGCCUGAAUUUGUACAGCAUGUCAGGAAACUCCCCGGACUUAAAAAGGAAUAUGUUUUCUGCAAUCUGCGUGUCCCCGACCAGUUUCAGAAGACAAAAGAUGACAUCAACAUUGUUAUCCUCACUGGCCACGGGAUAUUCUGCAUCGAUGUAAAACCCUGGAGAGGCACCGUGUCUGCUCAAAACCAAAACUGGCAUGUGCGAGUGAAAGAAGAGGACCAAAAUUUUACCAACACAUGCAUCGAGCAAAUUGAAGAUCCCCUCAAAGCCAUCACGACCAAGACGACUAACUUAUGCGGCCAUUUGAAGAGGAGUGGAGUGUCCCUGCGCCAAAGCCUUUUCUUUCCCAGGAUCAUCUUCCUCUCCCCGGACUGCGAGCUGGAGAACGAGCUGAGGAAGAGGAGGGAGCUGAUCUCCCACAGCCAGAUAGACGACUUCCUCAGAUCCUUCAGGGAGGGCUACAUGGCCUGGGUAUCAGAUGCUCUGACUCCCUCCUGGCUCUCUGGUCAUCUGUCGUACAGGCAGAUGGAGUCGGCGCGUGAGGUCCUGGGGGGAGUGGGAACGUGGGAUCUGGUGCGGCUGCACUGUGGCGAGCAGCUGAAAGGCGACUACCAGGGCUGCCAGUACAUCGCUCUCAACCGACAGGAGACGGACACGCUCGAGUUUUCCAGAGUCAAGACCCUGUCGCCUGAUUCGCUGUGGGCGCUGCUGGGACACGCUCCUCAGGUAACAGUUAAAAUUUACAAGCGUGGAUCUCAUGGCUGGCUCGGUAAAUCCCUGGGCGCCACUACCACCAUCCCGUCCAACACCUUUGUGAUCUUCAGGAGCAGCGGCGAGGAAGCAGACGCCAAAAUCCCAGCAGGCACCAUUCACAGCAUCAACCUCAGCAUAUGACCGUGUGUGUGUGUGUGUGUGUUUGGGUAAUAAAGACAAUCGCCAUGACAGCAAAUAUUUAGAUGCAACAAACCAAACUCUUAAUGUAGUUCUCACAGAAUGCUAUUUUCACGGAGUGCCUUUUACUAUGCAGUGUUUGUAUUUUGUAAUGUUGUACGAGCAGUUUAUGUCUUAAUUUAUUGAGAUAAAGGAAAGAAAUGGGGGGGGGGAAAAAGAAAAAGCCCCAUUUGCCAAUUUCCCUGAUUAUCGGAUCCUCUCUGGCAACAUUAUGAUAAUGAAGAUGCUUUCAGAGAAUUAGCCUGAUUAACUUUCUCUUGUUGUGGAUUUCUAGGGCUAGCCCACACUUUACACCGCCCAUUAAUUCGUCAUUAUUUUAACUGAUUGUGUCACAUCAGUUCAGGAUUGAAGUGUUUAAUGUGCUAAUUGUGGCAGUUUAAAAAAAACAAAACAGUACCUCUGGUACAAUGAGGGGCCCGAGCGCGUGUCUGCCUCUUUGGGUUAAAUGGGAGGUGAUUUACUGCGAAGGUUUGGACCGUGUAACUGUAAGGUGCUUUAUUAAUAUGCUCGGCCGCGCGGAGGAGACGAUAACGCAUUCGAGAGCGCACAGGCGCGGCCACCAGCACCAUUCACAACCGUGUCUGGGUCACUUUCCAUCAGUUACCAGGCUUACGCGGCUGCGCUAACAGCUAGCAAUUGUAUUUACUGGGCCUGGCAGUGGCCAAAAUGAAGUUAUUUCCAUCAAGAUAUCAGUGCCUUUAGCUAAUGCAAUAGAGGGGGCUCUCUGCGUUGAUGGUAUCUCUUUGCAUGGCAUCUCUCUACCUGAAACAUCAUUACACUGUACUCAAACUCCUCACUUUUUCAAACGUCUGUUUACCGUUUUACCUGAGGGACGGAUCAGUGGUAUUUGUGCGAGAAGCCCCGUGUUGUUUGCACCGGCAUAAACGAAAAUGUUUUAGACUCUGGUUUGUUUUGAUAAGUCGCUCAGCAGUGCUUGGAUUGUUUUGAUGAAUUCAACCUCUUUGGGAAUUUAAACUUAAAUACUGUCUGUAUUUAUAUGGCACAGUUCAUUUGUUCCGUUUACACACAUUAAUACAGUGAAAAGCUUACUCUGUCACACGUCACUCACACACUCGGGCAAUUUGCAGUUCAGUAUCUUGCCCAAGGACACUCUGGCCGGAAUCGAACCACCAACCUUCUGGUUAGUGGACGACACGCUCCACUCCCGAGCCAUGGAUUCUUAAGAACAGUUUUCACAACAGUACUUAAACAGUUUUGAUGAUAUCAGGUGAUCUGGGACGAGCAGGAAGUUACUGUUUCGCACGAUUUACUCAAUUUUCCUUUUGCAAUAUAUUAAAAAGAAUAAUUUGUUCAUUUAAAGAAUAAACUUCAAGCACUUUCAGCAUCAACUCAAGAAGCACGGCUGCUUAACUCACUCUUCAGUUGAUUGAUUUGCGCAAAGUGGUUUUAUUCAUUGGUGUGUUUUUAUGUUUACAUGUAUUUGUACUAUCUGGUGUCAUAAUAAACAGAUUUAACAAUU